AUGUCUCAAAAGAUCCUAACUUUAGAACUACCAUGGGUAGAGAAAUAUCGUCCUCGUGUUUUGGACGACAUUGUUGGUAAUGAAGAAACCAUUUUAAGAUUGAAGCAGAUUGCUCAGGAUGGUAAUAUGCCCCAUAUGAUUAUAUCCGGGCUCCCAGGUAUCGGUAAGACUACUUCCGUGUUGUGUCUUGCUCAUGAACUUUUGGGUGACGAUUAUUCUAAGGCUGUGCUAGAAUUGAAUGCCUCUGAUGAUAGAGGUAUUGAAGUGGUGAGGAAUCAAAUUAAACAGUUUGCUCAAAAGAAAUCACUAUUACCUCCCGGGAAACAUAAGAUAAUCAUACUAGAUGAAGCAGACUCUAUGACUGCUGGUGCACAACAAGCCUUGAGGAGGACCAUGGAAUUGUAUUCUAAUUCUACAAGAUUUGCAUUUGCGUGUAAUCAAUCUAAUAAGAUCAUUGAACCCUUACAAAGUAGAUGUGCUAUCCUACGUUAUACCAAGCUUUCCGAUGAACAAGUUUUGAAGAGGUUGUUACAAAUUAUUAAAGCUGAAGAUGUUAAAUAUACUAAUGAUGGGUUAGAAGCUAUUAUAUUUACUGCGGAAGGAGAUAUGAGACAAGCUAUUAAUAACUUACAAAGUACCGUGGCAGGUCAUGGACUUGUGAAUGGUGACAAUGUUUUCAAGAUUGUGGAUUCACCUCAUCCUUUAGUAGUGAGGAAGAUGUUAUUAGCUCCCACUUUGGAUGAAUCAUUGACCCAUUUAAGAAAAGAUCUAUGGGGGAAAGGUUAUUCUGCUGUGGAUAUUGUUACCACAAGUUUUAGAGUCACAAAAAGUUUAUUUGACAUAAGGGAGUCAAAGAGGCUUGAAAUGAUAAAAGAGAUUGGUAUUACUCACAUGAGAAUACUUGAAGGUGUGAGUACUUACUUGCAACUUGCCAGUAUGCUUGCAAAGAUUCAUUCCCUAGAAUGA